CACCACGUCGCGUUUAACGUCUCAUUUGAAGCCGACAAACAGAUCUUGGCCUUUAUUGCCACAACCGCGACGCUGUUUCUCGCCGCACGCGCCAACUUUCCUAUACACAUAUGUAUAUUCUAGAUCGCGAUUGCCGCUCGGCAGAUGAUAACUCUGGGAAUACUAUUUUUCGUCCUCAAGAGAAUUUCGAAUGUCUAAGCUCGUCUUUAAUUCGCAAGAAACGCCGACGAAUCGCCGAGCACUUGGUCGAUUGAAAAUUGCGAGAUUUAACCGACGAUUAUCUGGACAAUGUCAUAUUUCGAAUGUGGUAUUUCUAUCAUCGCGAGCUCUUCUUCCAAUACAAUCUUCGUACGCAAUCAAUUAAUAUUUAUCCAAUUAUUAAUAUCCUAAUAUUCUUAUUAAUAUCCAUUAACAUUCAAUCAAUUAAUACCCGUUCGCGCAACAUUGACGAGAAAUAGCAUCCAUAGUUCCAAGAUUCCCGUAUGAUUUCCAACGUGUAGAAUUAACGCGUUAUUAUCCCGAGUCCCGUAAUUACAAUGUAGCGUGACACAAUGGCAUGAUUGCACCCUGAAUACACGCGUUCGUAUCGCUCGCGAUAACGAGUGUUUUACACCGUGCCGCGGUGUCUUUGCGCGCCGUUGCAGAUCGUAGAGCGUCAGGUCUUGUUCACACUUGAUGCAAAAAGUCUCGAGCAUGCACGGAGGGCGAGAGGGUCGGCAAUUGAUCUGCACAAUUGUUAUCUAACUCUUUGCUCCCGUUAGGGAAUUAGUUGCGUGGCGGCGCUUAAUCGCGAAAGAUUAUCGUCAUCCCUUCUAACGAGUCGCGAGGAUCUUCCUACGUGUCUACGAAUUCUUCGCAUCUCUCGUGUAUCGUGCGUGAAACGAGGGCACGAUCAGGAGCGCAUCCUGUGGCAUCGCGAUAGAGAAGACUGAUCCUCCGGGCGCAGGUGCAACUCGGCCACGAUCGCGACGUACGCCGCCAAUCUGCGCUCGUUGGGGGCGGUUCUCGGCCGCUGCGAAGGGGGUAGAGCCAACCCUACGCGGCGCGGUGUAGGUGGUAGAAGCUCGGCUCGAAAAAGCCAAGCGCGUCUACGCGCAGCUGAUAAACAGUGCGACGAUGGUGCGCCUGCCAGCCGGCGUUCCGGCGUUCAAAUCACGAAGAGCCGCGAGAUCGGCCCGCGUCGGGAGCGUUCGCGAAAGCGGUACCGCAUCGAAUCCAAGAGCGUGGUACCUUCGUCGACCUGUAUACGCACCGAUCUCGCGCGAGAGAUCAGCCGGUGACUCUCGGAUCGUCGCGACGCGACUGCCGAGAGAUUCGAUCUGAGAAACGAACGGACCUAAGUUACCGGAGAUCGCGCGAGGGGGUACGUAAGGAAGCUCCGACCUGUGGAUGUUGCGUGAGAAUAACGAUGGCGUCGAUCUCGAUCACUUAUCACCGCGUCCCGAGCGCGAAGCUCUUAUUCGUUUGCAAUCCCUCCCCGCGCCACGCGCGACGUUAAGACGCGUCGACUUGAACGUCCGUGAAGAGGCCGAGUUGAAAGGAUUCUCGCCGAAGGGUCUACGCCGGUGGACAAGUGGAUCGGAGCCACGAAAGGUUCAACGAUGUAUGGCUUGUACAGAGCGUGGUUCGGUGGCGGUGCCACCGGGACCAGCUACCCCUGUCUACAGGACACGUUCUCGCCACCCGACACGGUGGUGCGAGUCGGUAACGAGGGCGAGCACCAGUUUGUCGCGCACAAGGGUGUGCUCGCGGCUCAUAGUGGAUACCUGAAGGCCCUGCUUGCGAGCGCGACGACGACGACGGCGACGUCGUCGAUCAGCUCGCCCUUCGACCCUGCCUGCGCGACCGUUGCCGUCACGGCGACCAACGGACAAUCGCAGCGACCGGUCACCUCCGUGUCGGUCUCGUCCAUCGGUGGAGAGGCGUUCGCGCCACUGCUCAACUAUAUGUACACCGGCCGGUUGGAGGUGACGCUCGACAACGUUUACAGCGUGCUGCUGGCGACGCAUUUGUUGCACAUGCCGGGUGCGCUGGAGCAGUGCAGGGCCGCCCUGCUGAGGCUGCGGGCACCGCCGCCCUUGCCGACGCCGCCGAUGCCGACGUCCGCGUCGACGACGACCGGGUCGCCGGCGGGGACCGCCGGCAGCAUCCUGCGGCCUAUACCGAGCAGACUGGUGGUGGGCCCACCGCUCUGUUGGCCCCCGACGACCCCGCUCGCGUAUCCACCGGCCGCGCCGGCACCGACCGCCAUGUCGCAUCUGCCGCCGUCGAUGCAGCCCUUGAUGCAACCGAGCGUGCCACCCGGGAUCAGCGUCGUCGCGGCGAGAGAGAAGCAGGAGCAGUGCGCGCAUUAUAGCGCCGGCGAAGUGUCCAAGUCGCCGCAGUCCUCGCCGAGCACGGCGCGCCACAAACGGCCAAGACUGAACCCCAGCAGAUCGAGAACCCCGGAGAUCGUGUCUACCGUGUCCACUCUGCCGUUCGUGGCCGCGGCCGCGGCCGCGUUCACCGCGUUCGCCGUGACGAGCAGCACGGCGAGUCCCGCGACGAGGGCACCCUCGCCGUCGCGCUCGGUCUCGCCGGCCCCGUCCUCCGUGUCGCGGACGCACUCGCCCGUGCAUCGCAACAGCGACAGAUCGGCGGACCGCGAGGCUCUACGGGGAGAAGAGGCCGAGGAUCGUUCCGCUAGAUUGUCCAACGAUCAGCCGCGCAAACCGUGCGCCACAACGCCCGCCGACAGAGCGUCGAGUCGCAAUCGCGGCAGCGACAGCAACGAUAACGGGGACACGUCCGCGAUGUCGGAGCACGACCGAGCGCGCUCGUCACGUCGCCGGGCCCGAAUCUCGGGCGCGAAGGAGGCCUCCACCACGAGCACCGUCUUUUCCGUGGUGUACGACAUCGCGUGCUGCGACGGACCGGUGCGCUUUCACCGUGUCUUGAACGAGAAUUAUUCGUCGGCGACGUCGCACGGACCGCACGUGCCGCCGACACGUCCGCCGAGGAACUGCCAGCUGACGGAGGGCGAGGAUCCGUCGAGCGAGAAUGACGAGAACGGCGGACCGGCGACGACGCGAGGAGGUGGCCAGGCGCGCAGCCCCAACAACGACUCGAGCAACGACGGCAGCAACAACAGCAACAACGGCGGCUGCUACACCUGCGACUACUGCAAGCACACCUUCAAGUCGCAGUACUGCUACAGGAAGCACGCCAAGCGGCACUUGUUGCCGACGAGGAUCAACGAGACGACUGCUGGCGGCGGCGACGACGGCGGGGGCGGCAGGGACAGCAGGGAUAGCAGGGAUAGCGUUAGUCACGGGCCGCGGCAGGAUGCCGCGCGCGGAAGCAGACGGGAGGUCAGAUUGCUGGACCUAAACGUGCAGUACUAUCCCUGCAAGAUCUGCGGCUGCAAGUUCCCCAGUUACUACUUCGUGCACAAGCAUCGGAAACUCUGCCACGCGAAUGACGAGGAGAGGCAAGGCGCCGCGGAUGGAGCGAAUGCGUCCAGUCGUGACGCGGACGCGUCGUCCACCCAGGAUGCUCCGUGAAACGAAAAGACACUCUCUUCCUCCCUUUCUGGCUAGGUAUGUAUUGAGGUAGCACCGCCAACUCUCUAGCCCUCGAGCGACGAAAGGAAGCAAUACUUUGUCCUAAUGUGCAAUUCUAAUGCUUUCAGAUUCCUCCUUCGUCAGUUUCCAACGUUCCCAACGAACCAACGCCCGUGGAAUGCGAACAAGAGAUUCCCCGCUCGAGAACAAGAGAAGAGACACUUUACGGACGGAACGCAAAGUACCUAUCGAUAUUCGCCCGUGUGUCGGAUAUUUAAUUGCAAAUGAGAUAGAAUGGAAAUCAAAUCGAACUACUGUAGAACAUCAUGUUCAAAAUUAAAGCGUCCUUGCGUUCAGAAAUGUAUAAAUCAUUAAAGAUAAACAGGCUCACGUACUGACGGAGAUUUAUAUAACUACUAAUUUAUGUUUAUAAUAGAUAGCACUUAAUCGCGUUUCUCUCUUUAUGUGUAUUCUUUGUCGUUACGUAUCUCAAUGUUAUAUACAUCAACGUUUUGGUACGCAUUUCGUGUACCAAGUUGCACAAAAAAAAAAUAGAAGUCUACGAUGUGAAGUUACGUAGUGACGUAAUCAAAUCUUCAAUACAUAUAACAGUUUAAUUGUGAGAAAAGCUAUAGGCGACAAAUAAAUGGGAACGCUAGUUUCUCUAUGUAAAAAGAAAAAAAAA